GAUGUUUCUGGAGUCCCAGGAAGCUAUGCCCCAGACGUCCAUCAUCUGCUCCAGCGUACUUGGGCCCAGCUGUAGUGGACAGGUGCCGCCUGGCAUGGGGGAGCGAGGAGGUGGGGCCAGCGGCUCCGGGGACCUCAUCUUCCAGGAUGGCCGCCUCAUCUCCGGGUCCCUGGAGGCCUUGAUGGAGCACCUGGUCCCCACAGUGGACUAUUACCCUGAUAGAACAUACAUCUUCACGUUUCUCUUGAGCUCCCGGGUCUUCAUGCCCCCUCAUGACCUGCUGGCCCGUGUGGGGCAGAUCUACCUGGAGCAGAGGCAGCAGCUGGAGGCCGGGUCUGAGAAGGCCAUGCUGAAGUCCUUCUCAGCCAAGAUUGUGCAGCUGCUGAAGGAGUGGACAGAGGCCUUCCCCUGCGACUUCCAGGACGAGAAGGCCAUGGCUGAACUGAAGGCCAUCACCCACCGGAUCAUGCAGUGUGACGAGGAGAACGGCACGGUGAAGAAGGCCAUUGCCCAGCUGACGCAGAGCCUGCUGCUGUCCCUGGCCGCGCGGAGCCAGCUGCAGGAGCUGCGGGAGAAGCUCCGCUCGCCGGCUGUGGAUAAAGGGCCCAUCCUCAAGGCCAAGCCCCCGGCCUCUCAGAAGGACAUCCUGGGCGUGUGCUGCGACCCCCUGGUGCUGGCCCAGCAGCUGACUCACAUUGAGCUGGAGAGGGUCAGCAGCAUCCACCCGCAGGAUCUGAUGCAGAUCGUCAGCCACACGGACUCUCGGGACAAGCACAGGUGCCGAGGGGACCUGACCAAGACCUACAGCCUGGAGGCCUACGACAACUGGUUCAACUGCCUCAGCAUGCUGGUGGCCACCGAGGUGUGCCGGGUGGUGAAGAAGAAGCAGCGGACCCGCAUGCUGGAGUUCUUCAUCGACGUGGCCCGGGAGUGCUUCAACAUCGGGAACUUCAACUCCAUGAUGGCCAUCAUCUCUGGCAUGAACCUCAGUCCUGUGGCUCGGCUGAAGAAAACAUGGUCCAAAGUUAAGACGGCCAAGUUCGAUGUCUUGGAGCACCACAUGGAUCCUUCCAGCAACUUCUGCAACUACCGCACGGCCCUCCAGGGGGCCACACAGAGGUCCCAGAUGGCCAACAGCAGCCGAGAGAAGAUUGUGAUUCCUGUGUUCAACCUUUUCGUCAAGGACAUCUACUUCCUGCACAAAAUCCACACCAACCACCUGCCCAACGGGCACAUCAACUUCAAGAAAUUUUGGGAGAUCUCCAGACAGAUCCACGAGUUCAUGACCUGGACUCGGGUGGAGUGUCCCUUUGAAAAGGACAAGAAGAUUCAGAACUACCUGCUUACGGCGCCCAUCUACAGCGAGGAAGCACUUUUCAUCGCCUCCUUCGAAAGCGAAGGGCCCGAGAACCACAUGGAGAAGGACAGCUGGAAGACCCUGAGGACCACUCUCCUCAACAGAGCCUGAAGCGUGGGUGCGGCCUGUGACCGAGGACACGCACGUGAACCGAGCUUUAACCUUGACCUGGGUGGAGAUGGGGCGGCCUCACUGGUUGGGGCCCAUUUUGUAUAUAACUUUUAUGGAAAAAAUGGUAAUUAUUUCAUGCAUCAA